GCUUCGUCUUUCAUUACCCUUCAGCAGACGCGUUCUCGUGUGCUGUGCCUCUCGACUGCUCUUACUCUGAUACCUCCAUAUGCUACUGAAUGCCUCGUAAUCAUGGGUUUGGCUCGAAACCUCGCAGUAAGGCUCAGAAGGCCAUCUUUCAGCAGAUCCAGCCCCUCGGCACUCAGCUAGCAGCUGCUGGCUACCAUUCUCGCUGCAAUGGGGCAUCUCUUGUAGCGGCGCAGCCACCAUAUUUCGCGGACCGGGAGUCACCAGUGCCGUCUUCGUCUGGCGCCGUGGUGCCGACAAAACUUGGUCUCGAAGCAGCAUUCGAAGAAUUGCGCAGGAAGAUUUGGAACCUCGGGAGACAGAUUGAGAGGGCUAGAAAAGGAAGGGAUAAGCUCCAGGCAAAAGUCGUCCAAUUGAAGGCAGCGCUAAAACUGGGUAGGGUUACCCGGGCUGAAGAGCUGAAGCGCAAAGCCAGGGAGGAGGAGGCCGAUCGUGAACGGAAGAAAGCCAAGCAUGAUGAGUACCAUACCAAGGUCGAUUCCAUCGACGUUCAACUUAUGCCGGGAUACUGGGAAAGUGCUGAUAAUGCCAAGAGUAUUACUCUUGAUAGGAUACGGCUUCAGCUUGCUUGGCUUCGCGCAAGGAAAGUCCACGUUCCGGCUGGUCUUUCUUCUGCGAAGAAGGCUGAUGCACUCAAGGGACUGAUCGACAUCCUUAGCGGUCUGCCUCCGGAAACCGCACGGGAACUCAGUGCGACAGCCUCAGGAAUACCUGAACAUACUGUACCAUCAUGA